AUGACGGUCGGCCUGGAGUUGCAGGCCGCAAAUCCCCCGCGCCUGCACUCUUUUGCGUAUAACCCUGGAGUUCGCGCAGAGCCCAGCUGUGGUGUCUCUUUUGACUUGACUGCAUUUAUCUCAUGGGAUAAAGUCCGAAGUUUGAUGGAUGUGUACUUAUCCACUGUCCAUCCCGUGUUUGGACUGCUGGACAUGGAGCGGCUGUACCAUCGAUGCGAGGAGCACUGGCACGGGAAAGCACAAGGCCUCUGCCUGGAGGCGCUAAUCAGCGGAGUCAUUGCUCUCGGCUCUCUCUUCUCCGGUUUUCUCAGCGAAGAAGAAGAGACGAGGGUCAUGCUGCAUGCGAAGGAGAUCCUGGAAGAUGCCUCAGUCAGCCGGACACCCUCCAUUGACAAGAUCGCCGGGUGGAUCUUGCGUACCAUCUAUGUGCGAGCGACCAGUCGGCCACACUCGGCUUGGAUGUGUAGCUGCACCAUGAUGCAUCUUGUUGAAGCUGCUGGCCUCCACCAGCCAUUAGAUGCGGUCAUUCUGACGACCGGAAGUAGUGGCAGAAAGGCUUUGGAGGAUAUCGCUGAGACACGGGACCGCAUUGCCCAGGUAGCUCAGUGUUUGAAUAUAAUCAUAGCCUACGACUAUGGGCGGUCCGCGGUAGACCUUGGAUUGACAUGGAAGAGAGACUCGAAGAGCGAUGCGCCAUCUAAUGACCUGACACCUCAGUUGUUCAGUCUGGUCGGAGCUGUCCCACUCGACAACAAUGCUGAUCCGGCUGCCAGGCGGGAUGAGUUGGCCAUGGGCCUCGAAAAUCUGGUCAAGGUAUCGGUUGAGCAUGACUUUUUGAUAUUAGUCAAGGCAGACCUGGCAUUUUGUCUCUACCGCCGACUUCGACUUUUAGAGUCUGUAACACCUCAAGCACAGCUCGACCGGGUUAUCGAGGUCGGUUGUUCCACAUUACCCUCUGCCCGACGACUGGUGGCACAGAAUCAUCCAUGGUGGAAUGUCGUUUGUACUGUCUUUCAGUUCAUUUGCAUUCUUGUCGCCAUCGAUACAGCCGAGAGUCUGGAAAAGAUAUCGGAAGCCGUGGAGACCCUGGAAAUGAUCGCACAGCGAUUGAACACACAUUUGGCAAAUGAAGCGCUUCACACAGCACGUCAUCUCAUCAACGCAUCAUUGGAUAAGAAGCGAAAGGGCAUCUCGAUCCUCGAGCGGGUAUCGGGAAUUUCUGCGCCGACUGACCCUGAUCGCUUGGGAGGACAGUGGCUCCCUUCAGAUUCAUUGCUGGAUUCCUUUCCACAAACACCGUCGAUUGAUAUGGACUUUCUUCUCGGUAUGGACUUGCUGCUUUGA